GCCGCCGCGGUUGGGUAACACUUGGAUAGCAAGCAGCCGGUCACAGGCAGGUGGGGACUGCCUCCGCCUCACCGGCGAUGGGCGCAGCCUGGAGCAGCCCCGACGAGCGGGAGCCCCUCUUGCCCCCUGCGCCGCCCGCCGGACCGCCGCCGUUUGCUCAGCAUGGCCAGUCCUAUCGGGUGGCCGCGGCGGCGGCGGAGUCGCGGGGCAGAGGGACGCCUCCGACGGGACCCCUGCCUCGCCUGGCGCCGGUGCCGGGCCGCGUGUACGGGCGGCGCUGGCUGGUGCUGCUGCUCUUCUCGCUGCUGGGCUUCUUGCAGGGCCUGGUGUGGAAUACGUGGGGCCCUAUUCAGAACUCGGCCCGCCAGGCCUUCGGCUUCUCCAGCUUGGAUAUCGCCUUGCUGGUCUUCUGGGGGCCCAUCGGCUUCGUGCCCUGCUUCGCCUUCAUGUGGCUGAUGGACAAGAAGGGCCUCCGGAAAACUGUGCUGCUAACAUCCUUUCUCAUGGUAGUAGGUGCUGGCCUGAGAUGCAUACCUGUAUCCAACCAAGAAAUAAGGAAAUGGCUAAUACACGGAGGACAGCUGUUAAAUGGAUUGGCAGGCCCAACUGUAACAAGUGCUUCUCCGCUUCUUUCUACUACAUGGUUUUCACCAGAUGAACGUGCCACUGCCACAGCUAUUGCAUCAUUGAUCAGUUACCUCGGUGGAGCAUGUGCGUUUUUAGUAGGACCUUUGGUAGUUCCAGGGCCAAAUAGCACAUCAACAGUUCCACCUAUGUUUGGAAAUAGUCCUGAGUACAUAAAGGACCGCAUUGAGGCUGUAUUGUUUGCAGAAUUUGGCAUUGUGGCUGUGAUAUUCUCUGCAGCGCUAGCUUACUUUCCAUCACGUCCUCCAUUCCCACCCAGCGUGGCUGCAGCUAGUCAAAGGCUCAGCUAUGGAAGAAGUUUCUGUAGGCUGCUCAGCAAUCCCCGGUUUUUGAUGAUUGCUCUCGCCUAUGCAAUACCACUGGGGGUUUUCUCAGGAUGGUCUGGUGUUCUUGAUUUGAUAUUAACUCCAGCUCACAUAAGCCAAGUGGAUGCAGGUUGGAUUGGAUUUUGGUCCAUUGUAGGUGGCUGUGUUGUUGGCAUAGCACUAGCAAGGUUUGCCGAUUUUAUCAGAGGAAUGCUGAAACUUAUCCUACUUCUGUUACUGUCAGGAGCAACUUUGUCAUCCUUUUGGUAUACUUUGACAUGUUUAAAAACUGUCAUUCAUCUUCCUUUAACUACAGCCACACUUUAUACUUCCUGCAUUUUGCUGGGUGUCUUCUUGAACAGCAGCGUCCCCAUCUUCUUUGAACUUUUUGUGGAAACCGUCUAUCCUGUUCCUGAAGGGAUUACCUGUGGUGUGGUUACCUUCCUAAAUAACAUGUUCAUGGGAGUUCUUUUGUUUUUCUUUAGUUUCUACCAUAGAGAAUUUUCUUGGUUUAACUGGUGCCUCCCAGGUUCCUGCUUACUAAGCCUUCUACUCAUCUUAUGCUUCAGGGAAUCCUAUGACAGACUUUAUCUGGAUGUAAUUGUCUCCGUUUGAAAACCUAAAGCAAGGAAGUUGAAGAGGAUGGAAAAUAGUACUGGGUUUAAUCUUUUUUCUUGGAAAACACAUAGACUAAAUGUUACAGUAUACAUUCAAAAAUUCACCGGGAUUUUUUGAUUGAAUUUACAAACAAAAAGGGUUAUUUUUAAUUCCUAAUACGGUAUUUUAUCAUUUAGAUUAUUAUGACGAGUCUUGUAUUUGAAUGGAAUUAGAAUAUUUUUUAAAAGAAAUAUCUAUCCAGAAGAAUGUGUGCUAGAAGAAAUAUGAACUGUGAUAUUUUAUUUAAUAAGCUGUUUGACUGCAAAGAUGUGUGCCAACUGAAACUACUUAUAACAAAAGUAUAAUAGCAAUAUCAUCACAGUUAGGAACUAAUGAUGGAAUUUUUAUGGAUAAAAGCUUCUUUUUAACUCUUUUUCUUUUUUAACUGUUUGGUGUUUUAAUGAGAAUUCUGAUAAUCCCAUAUUUGUCUUGCUUUGUAAUAACAUGUUAUUUCUUCAUUGUGGCAUGUUCAUAACUAGUGCUUCCGUGAUGACAGAUUUUCAACUUAGUUGCUAGGACUGAACAAAUUGUUACUCUCUCACUGUGAAUCAUCUUGUUUAAGAGGGAAAUUACACUAGGAUUUUGGUUAAAUACAGCAUAAAAGCUUUAACAUCUCCCUAGUUUUUCUAUUUGAAGCUAUUUUUGCUUAUUUAAUCUAGAGAUACCAUUCUUUUAUUUUCCUCUCCAAAAGACAGACAGACAGGCACAUACAUACCCAUGGGUGGGGUGGGGGGGGGGAGGAGGGGAAGAGAGAGAGACUUCUUAUUAAAUGGUUCUUGGCAAUUGGUGCUAUAAAUUAUGUGAAAUUAUUUAAAUGAAAUUGCCUUAUAGCCUUAUAGGCUAAUACAGACAUUUAGGUGAGUGGAUAGAGAAUUGCAGUCAUGGUAUACAAAAUUGUUUCUGUUCUUAAGGACUGAUAAUGUCUUAUAAAUAUGGCUUGGUAUUGAAGACUUUUACAUGGUUUCCUGAGAAUUUUUUUGGCUUCCUUCCAUUAGGAAGGAAGGCCCUCUUCCCAAAAUCUUUUAAAGCCAAUGAAACAAACAUUACAGUUUGUCUAUUAUAGGUUAAUCUUCUCCUCAAACUUGUUUACAAUGUAAAGGCUCUGCUUUCGUUUUUUAAUAACUGUUUAGUAAAGAGACCUAUUGGUAGUUUCAGUGGCCAUAAGAAUUGCAAGAUCAAAAUAUCAGAAUACGCAGUUUCUGAAAUUUAGCAUAAGUUGGAAAAUACAAUGCUUUUAUUGCUCCUGCACCCUGUAUUAAGAGGGACAAUUUUUUUAUUUCAGUUGUUUCCAAUGUUCUUUCAUCUUCAAUUGAUUUUCCAAAUUCUCCGGUACACCAAAUCUAAAACAAGUCACACAUUGCGGAAGGUAGCUUAUUUUUCUCAGUGUGAUUUCUCAUUGUUACGUUCAUUGUGACACACAUAAAGGGAUAUGUUGUGCUGUGAUGGCCAUCUUGAUUUUUUUCAUCCCCCAAACCCCAGAUGGCCAUCAUGGUCAUUAUGAUUCAGAAAUAGAUUUUUUUUUUUGUCUUUUUUCCUAUACGUAAGUGAACUAUUUCUUUAAAUUAACUUUCAGGAACAUUAGUUGAGUUACUUGAUGCAUUUUAUAGAAUGAGGCCACAGUACUUGAUGGGCUAGCUAUAAGGAAGGCAGUAUUUCAUGCAUUAAUGCCCUGGCUCUUGGUGCCUUGGGCUACCAUGGAGGCUGUCAAGGGCCACAUUAAAGGAUGAAUUGUGCUGGUUGUAUGAAUUGAAUCUUGGAAACUCAUGAAAGAUAAAAGGCUUUAUAAUAUAACAAUAAUAAAAAGUAAGCCAUGCUUAGUAGUUCAUAGUGUACACCCCACAUUUUUGGGAAACAAGAAGGGUAAAACUAGGCUGCGGAUGAUAAAUAAGCUUUAUCUUCUUAACAACCUUUCAGACAAAUAGAGCCAGUUUGGUCUAGGUAGGUUAAGGCUCCGGGCUAGAAAGCAAGAGCUGCGAGUUCAAGUCCCGCCUUAGCCUACAAAGCCAGCUGGGUGAUCUUGGGACCGGUUGCUUUCUCUCAGCCCAAGUUGUUUCACAGGGUUGUUAUUGUAGGGAAAAUAGGAUGAGGAAGGUGUGUUGGAUAUGUUCACUGCCUUGAGUUAUUGGUAAAAAUAACAAAGGUGGGAUAUAGAUAAAUAAAAUCAAUCAAUAGAUAAAUUGCUGCAUCAUUGUUAUACAGUAAUAAGGGGCUGGGCAGCAGUAGUGGGUUUCAAAUCCCGUCGCUACUGGUUUGCUUGUGGGCAUGUGUGCGCAACACUUCUGCGCAUGCGCAGAAACGUCUGGUGGGUGGGCGGAGCCUCCCACCACCGCCGCUACCAGUUCACUGGUAGCAACCCACCACUGCUGUGCAGACUUUGCCUGAUAGAGCAAUGCCAAAAAAGCCAGAGUUGGAUUAUGACUGUAGUAAAGCCAUAUAUAUUAAAUGUAUGAUAGAAAGAGCCCAUGUUUUAUUGUACACAUAAACUUUCUGUCAUUUGUUAUGUUUCAUUUUGCUUCUGUUCAGUUUGCUCCCUCGUAUCAGAUUAGAGCUCAUGUGUUAAAUAUUCUCUCAUCAGCAUUCUCUGCCAUUUCUGUUACUGGAGCUUCAGGGAAAGGCACUUUAGCACUACAGUCGGGGAUCUCUCUGCAGGAGGUCAGGGAAAUUCAAACUUGAAAUAUUUCACAUUAUUAAGCAGUAGCUGACAGUUUGUGAUAGCUUUAUGCCGCUGUUCCACAAGUUUUUGACUAGCUUUUCUGUAAUUGUUACUGAAUAACCAUGGCUGACUGUCCGGUCUAAUUUCAGAACAUCCGCAAAUGGAGCAACUUUAAGCUUAAUUAUAAAUGAUUCUGUAAAAUUAAUUUUUAAAAAAAACCUGCAUCGUUUGACAAGUUAGCCCUGAAUUCUCAAAUUCCCAGGGCCUGGUCCAGUAUUAGUUCUAACCCAAAUCUAUAAUUUGCAUAGAUGAGCAGCAAUAUGCUAUACUGAGUAAAAUUACUUUUGUGCAUAAAUAUCAUAGUCUUCCAUAAUGUCUGUGUUACUAAACAACCCAUGAUCUGCUGGCUCAUCCUUUCAGAAAUAUCUCCUUACCAAAUUCAACAGUGACACAACUUCUAAUGUUCUUUCUUCACUAGAAAACUUGGCAUCCAUUCAGAGAUGUAUGUAUCUGUCUCGAAAAUAGCCCAAGUUGAACUGUAAUAGCACCAACAUCAGCACAAGAAAUGUUUUAUGACAUUUUGUAUUAUGUCAUAAACUGUUACGUUUAUGUCAUAAAAUGUUUUGUACAAUUUGUCAAAUUUCAAUUCCUGUGAAGAUGGCCAAGCCCAGCGAGGCUUAUAUCUCUCGAUUGGUUGUUUUUUCCCCCCCAGCUUAAUAACAAAAGGAACUGGCAUUCCUUUAGUUCAGUGGUCCCCAACCCCCGGUCCGCGGACCAGUGCCGGGCCGUGGAGUACCUGGCACCGGGCCGCGCAGCGGCCGGGGGACAGGAACGCUGCAGCGCAAAGGCUCCUGGGCCGUGCGCAAUGGGCCUGCGCAAAAGCUCCUGGGCCGUGGCCCCACCCCUGCGCGUGCUCAGCGGGCCGCGGCGAUAAAAAGGUUGGGGACCACUGCUUUAGUUUAUAUGCACCAUUUUACCCAGUUUAAAAUUAAAGUAAUUAGUAAUUAGUGAAUGGAUUAAUAAGGCUGGAAACUUACUGACUCAGUACAAUUUAUGUAUAAAUCGGCAUAAGAUUGUGCUGUAACAUAAGUAGGAUUACAUUUGCAUUGGAUUGUGCCAUGAUGCAUCACUCUAGGAUCAGUUUUGUCCAUACAUAAUUAAUCAAUAUAUAACUAAUUAGGGAACCUGUACCUUUUCAUGUACUGUUGAAUUCCAUCUGCAUUCGUGACAAUUUUAUUAGCAUUAAAAUAAAUCAAUAAAGGAAAAAGUACUUUUUUUAGAAUAAGGGUUUUUUUGUCAUUACAAUUACUGUAGUUUGUUGCAGGAGGCAAGCUGAGUAUUGAAAGGAUGAGUUAGUCAUAGUGAAGAAUUUAAAAAUACUUUACUUAGUGUGAACCGUUUCACGUUGCUUCACAGUGCAAUAUAUUUGCUGAGAGGUAAAUCCCAUUGUAUUUAUUGAACUUUAUUACUACCUAAUUUAUUAUUUUAGCUUUAAUGUAUCCUAAUAAAAUUAGUAGGAUUUGAAAAAUGCAUAAUUUUUAUUGGAAUCUCUGCAAGCUUGCCAUCAUAGAUGUGUGUGAUUUCUACGUAUAAAAAUACAUUAGAAUCAGUGGUGGGAUUCUGUUGUGGCUCCGUUACCUGAGCCUGUGUCAUCGGCAGGAGAGGACUCCGAGAGUGAAGGAGAGGAGUUGGCAAGGCCUCCCUCUCCAGGACCCUCCUCUUUGGCAAUGCCUUUGGUGUCCGCCGAAGGGCAAGAGAUAGGGCCGGGGCCAAGCACGUCCACGCAGCCACAGGUGGACAGUGAUGAGAGUAAUGAGUCUUGGCUGGAUCCUCGACAGUGUCGCAGAGAUAAGCGCGCGCAACAGAAGAAAAGGCAUGCCAGAGAUUAGGCUGAGUCACUGGACCACACCCCACAGGAUAUAAAAGGGAGCGUGGUGGCCAGUCAAGCCUUGUGACGAACAAAACUGAAAGCUUCCACGCCAUUCUGCAUUGCCGGACUUUUGCUAUAGCCUUUGCUGAAUUAUAUUUGAACUUAAGUUACUCUGUAAUUAUUGAACAUUUUACUUUGAUGUACCAGAAGCGGAGAGACGUUAUCUCUUCAUGAGUAAUAAACUCUUGGCAGGCAGCCACUAGGUUGCUACCAAGUUCCGUUAUCAUAAGGAAAAGGAUUUUGUCGGCUGGUUUGUUUUUUAACUCUUGGACGUCUGUUGGUGUGUGUGCGUGUGGGACGGGGACAGAACAGAUUCAGACAGUUCGCACCACUUCGGGAGAACUGGUUGUUAACUUUUUGAGCAGUUUGGAAAACUGGUUGUUGGAAGAAAUCAUUAAGGCAGAGAACCGGUUGAUAAAUUACUUGAAUCCCACCACUGAUUAGAACUAUAAAACAUUUUAUACUAACUUCUCUGCAAGCUACUCUUACGCAGAGAACUCUUGGCCUUAAAAAGAAAGAAAGAAAACAAAAUAGUCACUAGAGACUGGGGAAGGAAUGCUAAACAUUUUCCAUGCUUUUAUUCUGUUAAGUUGUGCUAUUUUCCUCCAUGACUUCUAAAAAAAAACCAGAUAGAAAAGUAGAUGAAGAGUUAAGCAUUUUUAGUCUUCCUCAGCUUUUUAUAUUUGAAUUUCUUUUUUUAAAGAAAAUUGUUGCAUAGGAGACCUUGGUAUUAUGCAGUCUAUUCUGGCUUAUAUAAUAUGUUACUUAGAAAGUGUAUUAAAGCUUCUAUUGUUUUUAUCUUGAACUCUAUUUAAAAAUGAAUUUAAGAAUUAAACUUAGAAAACACAAUGGAAAAGAUGUCUUAUGUAUAAAAGCGAUGCAAUUCACAGCAAAAGAAUUUUUAGCACCCUUGUUCACGAUUCUUGAUUAUUCCUGAAAAGGAAUCUUCAACUCAGUGAAGCGAAACUACCAAUACACCCUUAGCAUUCAGCUUGGCAUUUUCUGAUGAUGCUUGUAAAUUAAACUGUGCUGCUAUUUGAUGCAUCAGAAACAUAACAUUGGCUAGGAUAAUGCGAUAAUCUCUUGUUGAUCUGUUAUAUAGUGCAUAUAUCUUCUUUUCAACAAAUUGGUUGGUCUCAUAUUCAAAAAAUGCAUUUCCAUACAACUUCUAAAGGGAAGUACAGAUAAUAGUCUAUUUACGGCUCAUCACUUAGCGAUCACUUGAAGUUAGAACGAACCUACCUAGAACUACUUACAGCCAAGUUUUGAAAUUCUAAUGGCUGCUCAUCUGCCCCCCAUCCCCAUCAUAUGAUCACAUUUUGGGUUCUUGGUAACUAGCAUACAAUUAUGGCCAUUUGUAGUGUCCUAUGGUCAUGUGAUUUUCAGCAUUUUUCCAGAAACCAGCAUUUAUUUCUGCUUUCUGGGGAAAAAACGCCCAUUAGGUUGGUUAACAACCCCCAUUAAAAAAGGUCAUAAAAUUGGACACAGUCGUGUUAACUAUUUGAUUACUGCUAUGACUUAUGGCCAUAAUUCCAGGAUCAAUUGCAGCCAUAAAUUGAGAAGUAUAUGUAUCUCAGUGGACCGUAUCUCAUCUCUGCCUUUGUUAGAGAGGUACCUAGAUAUAAACUUUUAUUUCAUUCUCUGCUACAUUUCUUCUGAAUAAAAUAAGUAGAAAAAAAUGCAGUUCUUUUGAAUUACACAAGAAUAUUGACUCUCAGUUUAAUUCUAUCUAGAUUCUCUGACUACAUGCGUUAUCAGCCAGUAGGCAUUUCCUUUUUGAUUACUUUAAUAUUUGAAUUAUUGUUUAGUUUGAUAUCAGAAUAAAUAAAAGGACUUAAUUACAAGCAUGUAUAUUUAUUAUUGAAGUAACAGAAGUCUCAGGAAUAUAUAUUAACAGAUUAUAUGUAGUUUAGAUGCAAAGAGGUUUUUUUUGACCUAAACAAACCUGUUUUCUGUCAAUGCCCAGUGAUUUCCAUCCUUGCAUUGCAAAUUGACAAAAUAAAUAAGCAGCAAAGUAUUUUUACAUGCAAGAUAAAAAUUAUAGUCAUGUGACUUCACUGUACAUACAAAGAUGUAAAGGUGAAAAUUGAGGACUUAAAAUAUUUAUAAGUGCUAAAGAUGGAGAGAUUUAUCUUUGAACAAUUGUUUUAUAUAUGUGAGAGAAUAAUUUUAUUCCAGGAUGAGUACUAUAGGAGUCCUUGUUUGGUGAUUUCCUCAUUUAGAGACAGUUUGCAGAUAAGGGUGAUGAAAAAACUAAAUUUGCUACCAAUCUUUGCAUUUACAGCCUUCAUAGUUCUUUAGCAUAAGAUCUGUGUAAGUAAGAUUGUAAGCACCGUUAAGCUUUUGCUUAGGUACCACUUUGCUUAACAACCAAGUUGCUGAUCCCAAUUGUGGUCACUGAACAAGGACUACGUAUACUACACAUUUUAAAAUAUAUGUUUUUUUAGUUUGGGGAAAUCAUUUUCUGGUGUGCAUUUAUUCAGCUGCUCAAUGGCUUUAGUAAGAAAUGCACUGUACCCAACACCCAAUUCAGCCUUCAUAUUAGGAACAAAUUAUGCCCAUUAUUACAACGGUACAAUGAAUUUGAUUAGUUGGCCUGUUUUCUGGGGGUGGUAUCUCUGAUUUGUGGGUGUUGUAUCACAGUCCAAGCCCUGUCCUUUUGUACGUCUGUCUGUAUAUGGGUACAAAAGGGAAGGGUGGGUAUCUCGAUGCCAUAACUUCAAUCUUGCAGAUUUUGGCACAAAUACACACAAAGCACAUUGAGCCUAUAGCAAUGUGCAGAGCCUGUGAUACAUGGAAAGGAAGAAAGGGUGGCAUGAUCCCCAAAACUUGAUUGAGAAAAUAAGAAAUCUUGCCCAUUACCAGCUGUCCUGGUGUUGUGAAGUGUUGUGAAGAAAACUGUUUUACCUGACCUGAAAACAUGUGUCAAAUGUGUAACCUCUGAGUAAAGAAAUAAUAUGCUACAGCUAAUUGUAGUUCAACAACUUAACUAAUUUCCAUUUUGCAUAAUCUGUUCCAUUUUGUAUGGUUUUUAUCUAUCCUCCACUAAGCAGGAAACAAUAUAAAGAGGUAUCAAAGGCCUCCUUCCCUUCUCAGAAAGGAAAUUUUAUUUUGUUCUUUUUCUGACAUUGGAAACAUAAUACUUUUUCUUCUUAAUACAUUCUCAAUCAUGUCUUAAUAAAACUAGAACUGUCCUUCGUGUCAUUUGGUGGCUUGGUACUUUGAGAGUGUUAAAUUUCUACAGUUUUGGAUAUCCAUCUGACAUCUUAAGUUUAAUUUUUAUUCUCUGUUAAAUGUGCACUCCUUGUUCUGACAUACCUACCAUCCACUAAAUAAUGGAAAAGUUUUCAUAAAUGACUUCAUCUUUUUAUAAAUAUUUACAGCUUUGAGCUAUGGUGGAAGAUCAAAAAUUUAUAUCUUUUUUUUUUACUAGAUACCUACAAAAUCCUUUGAUGUAUGAAUUAACCUAGGUUAAUUCUAAUAUAUUUAAAGUUAAUUUCAAUGCUUUAUUAAUUUAACAUUUUACAAUCCCUUUCCCAAUCCCCUUUCACUUAUUUCUGCCAUUUUUUAAAUUUCAUUUUAAUACUUUAUAAACAAGUGUAUAAGCUCACCUGUUGGAAUUCUGCAUGUUCUUCUGUGUGCAAUAUUUCUAACUGUUUCUUGAGAAAUGUUUUUUACAGUUGUGUUAAUUACUUUACUUGGUUUAUUUUAACAAAGUCUGGUGGCGUGAAUAUAAAAAAACUAAAAUACCAAUUCUUUUUGGGUUUUUUUGGGGGGGUGGGGGGUUAAAUUAAGCCUGAUAUUGUUAAAGGAAGGGAGAACUAUUAAAUUAGGAUUUGUAAUAAUUUACUUUUUGUAAUUUUGUAAAAAAAAAAACUUUUAUUUUAAGGUUCUACUUUUGUAAGUAAUGUACUGACAUGCGGCACAAUCUGUCAGAAGCACAUCCUGCUUUUAUCUCAUUGAAAUUUGGGAAAAAGCCCUACCUCCUUCAUCUUAUUUUUUGAACUUUAGCAGGAUAGAGUUCUCAUAUAUUGUGCCUAAAAUGCCUAUUAUUUUAUAAAGAGAAGUUAUUUAAAACCACUGUCUAAUAUACUAUAAAAAUAAAACUUCCUGUAUUAGAGCUAUCUUAAUGCCAUAAUCUUACUGUUAAAUGUUGUGUUUUAAUAUGUGUAAUACUUGAUAUGCAUUAAAAGAUGUUAAUUAUG